AUGAAAAAAGAUUUAACUACUGGAAAUUAUGUUCAAGUAGAAGAGUUGUCAUCUUCAGUUGUACUUCCAAGUUCCAUAACUUCAAUUUGUAUUUUCUCUUCUUCUACGAGGCGUGACCCACCAUCAUCUUGCAGUGCUGGACCUAUUGGUGACGAUCUUUUCCACUGGCAAGCUACAAUUAUGGGACCCGUAAAUGAUCCACUUGUGCCUGAGAUCGCACAUGUUUAUAAGACCGAUAGACCUCGUUAUGAGGCAACUGCUAGGGAAUGGACACGUAAAUAUGCUAGUAAGUGA